AUAAUAAGUAAAAUCAAAUAAGCAUGGUUGUUUUAAGUAACCCACAACCCAAUUUAACUUAUUGAUUUGUAGUUAAUAGGUGAAUUGCCUAUAUUUAUGGGAGAUUGUGGUUUGAUUUUGGUUAAUUUGAUAGAACUAGAGAAAAAAUGCUAAUGAUAUUACUUAGGCAUACUUUGUUUUUUCUAAAAUGGCCGAUUGGUAGCAAACUAAUUUAUUUUACUUUAAUUUGAUUUUAGACGUAGGUCGAUUCUCUUUAGUUGAGUGACUAAUUUAUGAAUGAUUAUGUAGUUGUGUAUAUCGAAAAAGGUUUGAUUUGCAACAUAAACGAUGAAUGUAUUUUAAAAAAAUCUCAAAUAUGAAAAAUCGUCAUAAUUCGUAGUAAACAUGAGGUUGUGAACUUAUAAAUAAAUUUCCAGUAAUUUUAUUAAAUUUUUAUUUCAUUAUCUUAAUUAUUAUAAUUUUUAUCGGCGACACCCAUCUUCAAUAAUCCUGGGUCCGCCACUGGCCAUGCACAUCCAUAGGCGGAGAAAAAUCCUUUGGUCUCAAGUGAAUCCAUCGUUGCAUUCCUGUGCUUCCGAUCAUCAUCAUGAUCUAUGCACACCGUGUAGGACUAAUCCAUCAUUUUCAUCUGACCGCCCCUUAUUUUGUAUUCAUCUCCUCUUCUCUCAAGUUUUGGUUCUGGCUAGCUCCAGGGACAUUCUAACCCUUCUCUCUCCUGAUUUUUUCCUCUGCCUUCUCUCUAACCCAUCUUCCCAAGCAGCCAUGGGGGCUGCCGCCGGCACUCUUCCGGCGACCGGCGGCAGCCCUCCGCCCCCUCUGUUCUUUUUUAUGCUUUCUCCCUUCCUUUGCCAACUCUUUAAUUUUAUUCCUGCCUUGUCUUUGCUUGAGUUUUGCUCGACUUAGUCGGUUUUCCUUUCCCCUUGGUGGGAUCUGUUCCUCCCCUUCAGUGGGUUGAGUUUUUUGUCCUCCGUUCUGUUGUUUCAGAGCUGGAGAGGUGUCCGUUCUAAGAUGCAAAAUGGUGGCCAGAUCUAUCACAGAUCUGGCUUGUUUUCUCCUCUUCUUUCCUUUGUCUACCUCCAUGUUUUCCCUUGCAGAUCUUGGGAUUUCGGAGAUGGAGCCCUUGGCGAGGACACGGUCUGGAGAGCUUUGAAAGCAGAAGAUUUCUUCCCUCUGGCUGCUUCACCGGUCGUCGGUCGUCCUGAUGGGUUCCCCGGUAUUUGGACGGUGGAAGCUGAUGGCGACUGGCUCGGGGCGGGUUGCAUGGGAGGCCCUCUUCCUCUCCCUGCCAGUUCGGGUUUGGUGGAUUCUCCUACCGUUUUGAAGAGAGUUGGUGGUGGCUGGUGGGGGUCAACGCGGCUGUCGAUUUCAAGUGGUGGUGGAGAGUUGGCUGCGGCGGUGGAGGCGUCCAGAGGGAAGCGGACGGUCAACUAGGGUUGAUGGGGCUUUGACAAUGUUUGGGUUCUUGGACUGGGCCCUAUUGGGUAUCCAGUUCUUUUUUGGGCCUUUUUGUCUUGAUUCUGUUUACUCUUGUUUCCAUCUGUAUCUUUACCGGUUGGGAUUGGCCCGUUUUGUAAUCUUAAUGAACUCAUUUUCAAAAAAAAAGUGUAGGACUAAUCCUUUCGACAAGCAAGAAUUCAAUGGGUGGAAUGAGCUCGAUGAUCAAUAAUUGGAACCAAAAUCAAACAAAAAUGUGAAGGAGCGUUAUAAAUUGAAAAACAAAACUAUCUGAUUGAUUAUUUAAAAUUUAUUAAUUUUGUAAAAUGUUAGAAUAUGCUCAACCAAGGAGUAGUAGCUACCAGCUAGAAUCUCCUCGAACUUUUAGCAACCCCUUUGACCAUCAACAACCAUGAAAAUAGCCUGUCUAUUUCAUAUGUGGUCUGUACCGCCACCUCUAUACCUUUUUACAACUUCAUUUCUUAACUUUCAUUUCAUCUACAUCCAUGAAAUCCAUUUCCAAUUUCAUAUGGCGGGGUCCAAUUCGCAUUUACAAUACAACUAAAUAAUUUACAUACCCUAAUCAGUUAGAAGUGGAUUCACUUUGUCAAAUGCGAUUUAAUGAAAUCUUUCAAAAAUGAAUCGAGAAACCACAACCAUGAAAUAACUAAGCGUCGUUUGGAUGGAUCAAUUGUAAAACGAGACAAUUUGACCAAUGGUUUCAUUUUACAAAACGAGUCAUUUAAAAUGAGUCAAUUCAGAUUACUUGCCCCCACCCCAGACAAUUGUAAUUGGCUCAAAAUGAGUCAAUUCAGAAUUCCCCAGUCCAAAUUGCUUCAUCCAAAUUUUCUGCUGCCAAACGGAUCAAUCUAGAACAAUUGACUCAAAACGAGACAAUUGUGUCAGAUUGAUCCAUUAGAAUUUCUCAUCCAAACGACCCCUAAAGGUAUCCUCCAUUAAUAUAUGGUAGAGUUUUCUGUACUUUUCUCCAUUUCAAAUUUCCUGCAACAGAGUGAAAGUAGGAAUGUCAUUUUUGUCUUUACACAUUUAUUAUUUAUUUCAUAUAAAAAUAGCAAUAUCAAGAUUUGAACCUGGGUCUCUUCAAACAAAGAUACCAAAUUAACAAUAACAACCAGUUACACUAAACAAAUUUAUUGCAUCCUUUUUAUACAAAAAAUAGACAAAGUUAAUCUCUGAAAAUCAGAGGACUUUUUCAUCAUAAUUAGCAAGCUCACUAAGUCUACCGUAUGUAUUUUUAUCGAGCUUGAUACUUCUAUUUUCAUAGUAGAGUUUCAUGUAAUUUUCUCAAUUUUAAAUUCCCGCUCUCUCCUUAAUUUUUGCUAAAGAUAAAUUGGUAAUUGGCUAACUUGGAAGAAACUAAUUAUGUAACUACGUGUUGUAUCCUUGCAUUUUCAAUUUAAAUAUAAUUUUUUUUGUUUUUUUAUCUUUGUUCUUUUCUUUUUCUAACUUCCUCCGAAAUUUCAUCCAUCGUGCAAUAGUUUGCUCCUUUCACUUCCCAGUACAAGACUGUCAUUGAAAAUCAAUCUUCAGGUAUCUCUUGGCACUACGGUUUUAUUGUUGGGGAUUUUAAGCUGGGCGAGUAGAAGAUUUCAACUCCGAUAUCAAUUCAUGGCGAAUAGAAUGGAGUUCAUCAAUAACUGAAGUUGUAGAAGGAGGAUUAGAAAUUGAAUUUUUGGUUGAAUAUAUGCCUCUUGAGAUAGAAAUUUGGUUGUACAACGGAGAGUGGUGGCUAUUAGAUCUUUAGGUUUAUGGUUUUUGCAACUGUCACAACCUAUUUCUAUCUUAAAAUGAGGAAUCAUUGAUUGAUUGUUUGAAAUAGGUUGCUUCUUUAUUCAACCUACUGGAACUAAUAGAUAAGGAGUGUCUAA